AUGGCCUCUCCCCCGACAUCCCUCGUUUCCUUCAUUCAAGAGAAACUCGCCUCCGUGCCUCACUCCGAGCUCAUCUCUAACCACAUUCAAACCCUCCUCAACAACGAGCUCGUGCUCGCCUCCUACCAAAAACUCAUGUCCUCCUCGGCCACCGCUCAUCUCGAGCACGCGCGCGUCACCUACCUCGACCCUGUCGUCGACCAACUCCGCACCGCCUACCUCGAUCCCUUCAUCAUCCAGCCUCUUGCAAACCUCCUCACCAACAUGCCGGACCUUUUGUCCGUCUUCGUCCUGUUCCUGGCCCUCUUUAUCUCGCUCAAGAUCCUGGACUACGGGCGCCGAAUGGUCAUGUUCUGGGUCACCCUGGCCCUGCGCUUAGUGUACUGGGGGUUUAUCAUCGGCGCGGGUGUCUACGUUUAUAACGUUGGUUUGGAGAAGGCCGCUCAGGAUCUGGGCUGGUUUUAUGGAAUUAUUAAGGGCGCCGCGGAGAGCUUCCAGAAUGGCGCGGAGGGGCAGCGACAAUCGCCCGGCGGGUAUUCUUACAGGGAUAAUCAGGUCCGGGUGUGA